CCGUUCGCCGCUCUGCACCACGUCUUCAAUUGCAGAACAAACAGAGUUUUAGAAGAAGUAAUAAUGGAGGGAAAGGAGGAAGAUGUCCGAUUGGGAGCCAAUAAGUUCAAUGAGAGGCAGCCGAUUGGGACGGCGGCGCAGAGCCAAGGCGACGCCAAGGACUACAAGGAGCCACCCCCGGCACCUCUAUUCGAGCCAGAGGAGCUCACUUCAUGGUCCUUUUACAGAGCCGGAAUUGCCGAGUUUUUCGCCACUUUCCUCUUCCUUUACAUCACUGUUUUGACCGUCAUGGGUGUCGUACGGUCGAAGGAAGCCACUGGGAAUACCUGUAAGACCGUCGGGAUUCAGGGGAUCGCUUGGGCUUUCGGGGGUAUGAUUUUUGCUCUGGUUUACUGUACUGCUGGAAUCUCCGGUGGCCACAUUAACCCGGCGGUGACUUUUGGGCUGUUUCUGGCGAGGAAAUUGUCGUUGACCAGGGCGAUCUUCUACAUGGUGAUGCAGUGCCUUGGUGCCAUCUGCGGCGCCGGCGUGGUGAAGGGGUUCCAACCCAAGCCCUACGAAAGGCUCGGCGGUGGAGCUAACGUUGUGAAUGAGGGCUACACCAAAGGGGAUGGGCUUGGCGCUGAGAUCGUCGGUACUUUCAUCCUUGUUUACACCGUCUUCUCCGCCACCGACGCCAAACGCAGCGCCAGAGACUCGCAUGUUCCGAUUUUGGCGCCGCUACCAAUUGGGUUUGCAGUGUUCUUAGUUCACUUGGCCACAAUUCCGAUCACCGGCACCGGCAUCAACCCAGCCCGGAGUUUGGGAGCCGCCAUCAUCUUCAACCAGGACAAAGCCUGGGACGAUCACUGGAUAUUCUGGGUUGGACCGUUCAUCGGAGCAGCAUUGGCAGCUUUAUACCAUCAAGUGGUCAUCAGAGCCAUUCCCUUCAAGUCCAAGUGAACAUCGAAGAAUUCUCAAUCCAAUGUUUGAUUUUUUAUGAAUUUGUACUAUGCUGUUUUGCAUCUUUUGUAUGAAAUCCAAGUGUUAAUUUAAUGGAGUGAGCGUUGGUGAUAUGUGUAAAUUCUUCCAUCUUUAAUAAAAUGGGGUUUUCUUUUAAUC